GCAGUCAGAGAAUUUGGUAUGGAGUUGAGCUGACUGCAGAGCUAACCCCCAUGUGAGCGUAAAACGGCCGUGUGGUUGACGUAUUUGUUUUGGAGGCACUUUGCAACUAACUUUGUCUUUUGUCGUCUGUCAUUUCAGGCGGUGGCUUCGUUUUGUGGCCAAGCUAAACAUCUCCCAGCGUUUCGGGUGAAAUCCAACCCCUUACCUGUCCUGCAUGUUAUAAACAAACCUAUUCACAUUGCCAUGGCUGUCAUUACUAACCGGCCCCAUUUCUGGCCACCUUUGUUGCGUCAUCCGUCCACCAUCCAUCCAUCCUCCGGACGCUAUUUUCCAGCUUUCCUACUGGGUAAAUCCGAGCUGAACUGGGCACUCACCUCUGAUGCUGGGUUGCAGAAAAUGCUGGCGAAAGGAUGCUGCACAGCAGAAACAAUGAUUAUUGUCUGCAGCUCUGAAGAUGGAGAAAUAAACGCAGCAAUGAGGAUUAAGAAAACAUGGAAACAAGAGGUCGCAGAGGCAAAAACUGGGCAAAAAGAGAAAUCACGGCAAGCAAUGGACCUAAAAGAUCCUAUGCAGUCAAAGAUACAGAGACACACAGGUAAUCUCUGGCAUUCUGCUUUGCAAAGAUGCUUUUGGAAACAACUUUCCUUAAAAGCCGCAGCUAAUAAAGAUGCAGAUGGAGUUUAUGUUCAGGGAACACCCCUGCUGGCACCCAGAAAGAACAAAGCAUCCAUAUAUAGGUCGCGGGAUGCAAUAAGGCCCGCUGCAGAUAAUGAGAUUGAAUAUUUCAGUAAGACGUUAAACACAAGAGAAUCCCAGCUCCCGAUCCCCGCAGGGCCAGAGGAGAGCAGAAAAUCCAAAGCCAAACAAGGGAAAGAAUGGAAAGCAGCAGAUUCUAGCACACAGGUUACAAAUACAGCCGACACAUAAAGCAAAUCACCACGGAGCCAGAGGAGAAAACAUGUUAUCCGACGUGAGAGAGGAAACCUUCAUCGUGUUGAUUCCUCAUGCAGAGACGGCGAGACGAGCGGAGCCAUGGAAGGCAGAGAUGAGGUGGGACACAGCGACGGAGCUGGGCGACCCCCCACCUUUCCUUAAAUCCUUAAAGGACUUCAUCGGUGAAACGGGCCAAUCCACAUGUACAUGCUCUGUAGGGAAAAACAGCCUCUUAACACUGUAUUUAACAGACCCAGCAGAGAUGGCAGGACUCAAAUUAGCAGCAAAAAUAUCAGAAGUUACCACAGAAUCCGCUGCAACAGAGAGGACAGCAGCCUCUCAGGAAAAUGUGGCCGUUGACACCACGGAGGAGGCAAAGCCAACAGCGACGCCGUCACCGGCUUUACUCGAAGUCACACAGACCGAAGCGACAACAGCCGGGCCUCCGACUGAAGCAACCACAGCGACAACUCAGAUCCAAGAUACGGCUCGGGUUUUCGGUCCGAGCAGCGCAGCUGUCAGCCAGCCGAGCGCUGGCCAGUGGCUCACCACGCUGCCAGACCCCGAGCCUGAGGCAGACACGCAGCCAAGAUUCAUAAAAUGUGUCUCAGUCAGUACGCAAGCCACAUCUAAAGUCCAGUUCUCUGGCCUCAGAAUGAGGGACGGCGAGUCGGCCGCAGCAGCAGAACCUGACAAGGACGGAGAGAACGACGAGACGGGCCCAGAGAAGUGGGCCGCAGCCGACAGAACGCACGGCCUGGUCCACCGUGGAGGGGAAUACGAGACUUUUCCAAAAAGUGCUGAGGACGCCCGCAAGGAAGGCGCAGACAAAGAUCUGGAGACUGACCUCUGCAGAGGUCUGAUUGAUCGCACCGCAGCUGGGUGGAAGCACUGCGAGGAGAGACGGGGAGCACCGCCAUCCCGCCGGGAAACUCCAGACGCUGGAAAACCGGAGAAUGGAGCCAAGAGCGGCGGUAACCAAAACCCUCUCAGCGAUGAAGACUCUCACUUCUAUUACUUCAACGGAGUGCUGAAACGGGUUGAUAAUGCCCAGUUCUACCGCAAGAGGCAGAGACGAAGCUCCAGAGCCACAGAGAAGGGCCUCACAGAGAGACAGAGACAGACUCAAGAAAAUCUUCAACGCUACAUUCAGAGACUUGUAAAGAAAAAUGAAGCUGAGCAUUUUAAAUGA